AUGAGUGUAGCAGGUACAAUUCAGGAGACUAAUGCCCCACAGGGUGUUAGCCCAUCUAUUCUGAGUAAAACCGUUGAUCUUUUCACUGCCACUCAACAAACCACUCAUGAAGAUGAGUUUGAGUCCAUACCACUUUCUUUUCUCUCCACUAACCGUGUAGUGGCUGUAUUGGAAAAGGCGGUGGAGCGGUUAGAGCUGUUAAGCCUUCUGGACACAACUGCCCCAGAUGAUAAUCCUUCCAGUGGGUUUCUCCCAGCACUGACAGGAUCGACAAGUACGAAUCCUACAGCUAAUGUGGAUCAAUCACAAACGUCAGGAUCCACUACGCCACGUAAAGCGGCUUUAUUUGUUGGUAGACCUGAGGAAAUGUCUCGUAGAACCAUUCGUGAAAUGAAUGCGGCAUUAGAAGUAUCGGCGAGAAUGCAGCAUGGUGGUCGUUCCACAGUGGCAGACUUGGUAGUAGAGCAACAACGUCUGGAGAGACGUUAUGGUGAAUUGCUGCGUCAAACAGAAAAAACGAAUCCAAGUCCAAAUGAACCAGAAUUAGAUAAGAGUUGUUUUGCGGCUGUGCGUGAUAAUGAAAAUGCGGCCAUUAUGGAAGAACUAAGACAAACUUCUCGCAAAUUACGUGAACACAAUAAAGCACUAUUUGUUCAACUCAAAGAUAACCCGAAUGAUGCGGAUAACUGGAAAAAGGUUGGAAAUGAACGGUCAGAGUUAAUUCAACUCUUACAAGCUGUUGUUCGGGAGCUGACGACGGGCUACGCUGCCCCGAAGCAGUCCACCACCACUGGCACCCUCACCCGCACGAACAGCCGCUACGGCCGUUCCGCCGACUCGGAGAGUAUGGCGACGGAGUCCAAAGAGGGCACACUUGUGAUGGGAAAGAACCGCUUUGGCAACACGAUGCAGAUGAAGCGCGUGGCCCGUGGCCCAGCCGCCCCCCGCAUUCCCCUCACCUCCCACUACGAGCGCUUUGCGAAGCUCAUCUCGGACGAGCAGAGUGCCCAGCGCUGGGCGGACGAGCUCGUGCUGAAGGAGAAGGAACUCAACCAGAACGUCAAGCAGCUGCAGCACGACCUCAAGGCGGAGCGGCAGCGGCGCGAGCGGGACGUCGCCGACCGGCGCCAACGCGUGGCGGCCCUCCGCCGGCGGCUCCGCGACGAGCGGCGGCGCGUGAAGGACGACGGGGCGAAUGUCCGCGCGGCGGUCGCGGCGGCGGCGGAGGCGGCGGGUCGGAAGGCGCGGGAGGCCGCGCGGGAAGUCGUCGAGGCGGCGCGGGCUGCCGGGCGCGAGGCGGUCGCGGAGACUCAAGCGCACGCCGACUUCACCGACCACCUGCGGGAGCGCACAGCGGCGAUGGACGAACUCGCCGGGCUCUGGGAUAGAAAAAAUCAGGGAGAAGUCAAGCGGGUGGAGGCGCGCAAGAUUGACGUGGAGCAGAUGCGGCAGCAGUGCGCGGAGAGACUCCAGCGCGCCACGGCGGAGAAGGAGACGGAGUUGAUGCUCAAAGCGCAGAGGGACGCCGAGUUGCAACAACAAGAGGCUCAGAGGAACGCAGAGGAGACACAGGCAAAUUUAGAGUAUGAGGCCGUCUCUGUUAUUCAGUCCGCUAUUAAGGGUAUGUUUACACGACAUGCCCUCACCGUAUUGAAGAAGAAGAAUAGACGUAAACGUAAGGUGGAAAAGGCGUAG